AUACAUGCCUCCAUGCUCAAUGUUUUUGGAAUACCCAAAAGCCAACACCUGCGAAACCUCAACAAAACAAAUAUUGACAGACAAAAAAAUAUAUUUGAUAUCAAAACCAAAGAUGGAAAGUGUUUUUGGAAGAGUUAGGAAUGAUCAAGCAGAGACAAGAAAAUAUGGAAUUAUCAGCAUGAAAGCUGGCAAGUUAAAUCGCAAACCUGGUACAAAAAUCCUGCAAGCAGAUCAUCGUAAAGGUAUCCUAUACCUACAGCUAGAGACAGAUGAAUUGCUUCAUUUUUAUUGGAAAGAGAGAUCUAGAAACUCUACGGAUAUAGAAGAUGAUUUUAUUAUAUUUCCGGAUGAGGCCGAUUUCAUAAAAAUUGAUCAAUGUACCACGGGUCGUGUAUAUGCUCUGAGAUUUAAAUCAUCAUCUCAAAUUCAUUUUUAUUGGAUGCAAGAAUAUAGUGAUGAAAAAGAUGAAGAAACGGUUUCAUUAGUAAACCAAUUGAUUGCUGAUCCUUCCAAUGUUACUAGAAGCAUUAAUGCUAGAAAUAAUGCAUCCAGCCGUAGUCGUAGUAUGGAUGACACUUCGUCUGCAAACCAAUUUUUACAGCUAUUUGGUGCUACUAGUCAAGAUUCUCUUCAGGAUUUCAACUGGGAGGUGUUAUCGCCUACUGCUGAAGCACCUGGGUUUCUGCCUCGAUUUUCGCCAAUGAAUGAAUCUGUGAAUCAACUCCAACCUACUAAUGACUCUGCUACUGAACCACGAAGAGAAGGCGAAACAGCUUCAAGCAUGGAGGAUACCUCGGGACCUGCAUUUGAUGUGAAUGAAGAUUACUCUCGUUCUCAAACAUUAGACAUGCUUGAACAAUUAUCUGGUUCUGUAGAGAAUAGUACGACUCCGGUUGAACCUUUUGCAAUGGAUGAUGAGAUGUAUCGGGUGGUUACACACCCAAGAAUCUCUCCUAAGUUGUUCCCUCAUGCUCCUCCAGAGCUUAUACGGGAUUCUAGGAAAGAUGAAUUGUCACAAAAUCGCGAUUUUUAUAAGCAUUUCUCUUCUUUACAACAUGCAAUUGUAAAACCAGAGUUUGAGUCUUUGCGUUCGCGUUUGCAAAUUUCAUCCGAUCAAAUUUCUGGUCCUAAUGGGCUUCAGGAGCUUUUGAAAUCGAUUUAUGAUCGCAUGGUCGCUGAAGGUGUAAUUGUAAUUACUCGUAUAACCCACACAGAUGAAGAUGGAAAUAGCAUUGGUGAUAGUGAAGGGGGUGGCGAUCGUAACCAAGACCAGGACUUGGAAAUGGAAGAGAGAUCUUAAUCAAUGAUUUUUGUAUGACGAUUCGCUUGUAACGUUUAUCUAUAUGUCCAUGCGAUGGAUAGUUUUGGGGUAAUAAGUCGUCUUUCAAACAGGCACUUAUCAAAUUUGGUUAUGUAUUCCCACAGAACUUUUAAAACUCUAGCUUUGCUUCUAUGACAAUAUACUCUUGUAUAGUUAUCCUUAUUCUUACAAGUAUGUAUAUUUACCUUGUAUAUAGCGUAUGUAUGCGUUUGGGUUCCCGCUAUUGCAUUUUAGCAAAACUUAUUUUCUAUUCCUUACUCCUAUUUCUUACUGUCGUAUGAUUGUUUUCCAUUUUAUAGGAAAAUGUGGAAUUUCAUUUCUGCAGAAAAAUCAAGAUUGCAGGUAUCUUCUUUGAAUAUAAAAAACAUUACUUUUAUCGACAACAAUUUCAUGACAUUCUCACUAUAGAAACGAAAAAUUCCUUGAAUAAUUUGCUUCAAUUCUUAACAAAAAGAAGAUUUGAACUACUGUGUAUUUUUGGUGGUUGUCAAUGAUAAUCAAUAAUAAGUCUAAGAGUAUGGGAAUCGAAUAUUGCAGCACAAAACUCUUUCAGUGAAGCCUUUUCACUGUUUAUUUUGGAGAUGAAAUUCUUUCGAAAUACUGUUUUUGGGUUUUUGACGCUAACUACGCUAACUGGCAAUAAGUAUUCUCUCUUGAUAUCUUGAAACUUUUUCGUUUUCUUACAAGAGUGGUCCAUAAAGGAACAACCGAAGUAGCAAAUUUCAAGGAUAGGAACAGAAAAAAAAAAGAAAUUCAAACCCUGAAUGUCUCAAGUCUUCAACCUAAUAUUGUAUUCCAUUUCAUAUGCCAGCACCUUGUUUAUUAGUGCAAUGCAGUGAGGAAUUUGAGGUUCGUUUGAUCCUUGUUUUUUUGAAGGAAACCAUUUCACCAACUCAGUUGUCCUUGAAAAUAAUACAUUCUUUAAGUCGCCUAAGAUGAAACUUUCUGUUUAUUUUGUUCCAUAAAAAGAAUCUAUAUCCAUUUCAUAUGGGAUUGAUAGGUUUGGAAGAUAGAACCCAUAAAAAGAAUUACCAAGCUACAGUGCAACAGUGCAUAUAUUUUUAGCGAAUUGUAAUGACCUAUGAAAAUCAAAUUACGUUCUCCUGAAACCUACGGUCUUACACUUCCCGUAUCGUUAAUCAACAAUGUUUCGAAUGAUAACGGGAAAUGACAUCAGAGAAGGACAAAAGCAAAAGGCAUUUUACAGGAAUUUCUUUUUUUUUUGAUGAAUAUUUAUUUCUUUUUUAAGAAUAUUUGCUGCUUUUUGGAUCGCCACAUCUAACAGUUUCAGUUCACUAAGCUACUCUAAAUCGCGAUUCAAGUAGCAACUUUGCUCAGUAUGAAAUCACCCUAGACAGUGAAAUCGUCAAAUAAACUAUCUGUGAAUCAUUUUAUGGAAAUAAGGCUCACCAAUGUGUGUCAUCUUCCGUAGCCAGUUACGCAGAUAGAAAAGGCUCGCUUUUCCAGCUUUGU